GUCCUCCCCGUCGCGAUACGUAAUGCGAAUGCACGCAGGAGUAGCCGAAGCAGAAAUGGUAACACCGCGGCGAGCAGAUGCAAAUCCUAUGAUAUCUUCUUCUUCGCAGGGGAAUUCCUUUAUUGUAACAGACCGCUCGACAGCGGUGGGAAGUUUUUCGACACCCGCAUUAAGGCUCUCAAUGUGAUUUACUGAAAUUUUCACAGGGUCUACGACGACGUCGACGUGUGUUCUUUUCUCGUUCCGCUUCGCUAAAAGGCUGUGUCCGCAACACCGCUUGUGUGUCUGCUCACGACAUGAGCAUGAAUUUUUAGAAGGAAAUGCUGCGGUUCUGUAAGUCAGUGCAAGAAAUAAAGUGUCGCUUGGAAGCUCUAAUUUCUCCACUACCACAAAUAACAGCGACGCCUCGACCACCACGAGAAGCGAGUGCGACAUUGACGUCUGAGGAUCAUUUACGGGCAAGGAAUGGCCUUUUAGUUGUCAAGCCCAUCGCUGCAACUGUGUUCGCGAAUCCAGCGGCUCUCAUACGACACGGGGCAGGAGCUUUUACACCCCCCUGCCGUCAACGACCGGUAUGACAAGGAGCAGUAGUAUCUUCUUUUUCCCCAACUACCCUAGAAAUUGCUUGAAUACUAGGCGAUAUUUUGAUCGUCCUGAGCUUACUUCCAGCGCUAGUUUCUACUGCCAAAUUCUUUAAAUUGAAUUUUUUGCCUACCCUAUCGUAUCCCCACUAAUUUUCCCACCUCUUCUAUUUUUGUUUCAUUUUAGCCUGGGUGUCAAAUACUGCAAACUUAUCGGGAAGCACCAGCAGUGGCGUCCGGAAAUGUGAUUUGGAAAACAUCUCCAGUAGCCACCACGACGGCGUCUCCGCUACCGUCGCAAGAACUUCCGGCACAACAAAGUCGGGGCAAGUCGGCUGCUUCUUUGACACGAACUACUAGCAUGCUUACGGCUACAUAAUUAUACUCCUUUGAUCGAACAAACUGCAGAGCGUCCUCGGGCUACGUAUUCACAUCAUUGAUGAGCGAGUUGUGAAUAUGACCGCGGAGACGUCCUGCGCCUGUGCAAACGCUUCGUCUAAUUCAUAUAAUUGGAUGAACGCAGGGGCAGCGAAUUUCGGCACCAGCUGUUCACCAAAGUCAGGGAAAACGCACGGUUCUGAGCAACCAGCGGCUCAGGGCGAAAACAACGGAGCUAGUAGCCGUAUGUUGAUUGCAGCAAUGUGCGCUGUUGACGAAAAAAAAGGAAAGAACAAAGUCGAUCGCAGCAGAGAUGAAGAACUCGAACGAAAAGCCUUAGAAAAGGAAAGGCAUAUGCAAGAUGCCAUUCUAUCAGACAAGAUUAUGAAUACACCGCUGCUCCUACGAUUUGGACUCGCGCGAUUUAUGCAAGAGAAUUGGGACAGCAUCUUAUGAUAGCAGAUCUUGGUCGUAACAAGUAUUGCAUCACAGCAGAACAUGUAAGUACUUUCGGCGGAAAAUAAAUGAAUUGAAAAAUUCAGAGGAGUACGUGAGGCGCAUUUAGAUUUUAAUCAGGGACCACUUACCACUGCUCCCUAUAACGUCAGCAAGUUGGUCACUUGAUUCCAUCUCCGUAAGAAUCCCUUCUAAUGAAAUUUUCCUCGUACGGUGAUGAUGAUGCUCUCGGGUUUGAGCUCAUAGGUGGAACACGGGAGCACCAUUUGGCUUCUUUACGAAAAACCUCGACUUGGGCUGGAAAUUUGGAAUUAUGGGCUGCUGCCAAGAUGUGGCCUCCUGUGCAGUUUCGUGUUUUCGACCCACGUGGAUACACUAUCUGGGUUCCUGACAACAAUAGAGAUGGGGACUGUAGUGCCAAAGCCAGUCCAGAGAGUAACGGCGAGAAGUCUACUGCAGGUGAAAAUGAUAGAGAAGAUACUUCUAGUACUCCUACUGGGACUCUUACUGGAGACGAAGAAAAGAGAAGCAAGGGCUCACAAAAAGAGGUCGUCUCUUCGAGAUUUGGCCUAUCCUCCUUCCCGAUUGAACGCCAGUGCUCCUCAACACCCGCUUCAUCUACGACUGGUUACUCCACUCCUAGCCACGGAACAUCGAUGAGUACCCAGACAACUUCAGAGGCGACAGGAGCCGAAGCAGGAGCUCCUCGUCCUGCAAAAGGAGUUGUAGACAGCACUGAGGGGGCUGAUCCAAAGCAGACGUCGGGUUCAAAAACUGAAGAAAAAGUUGAGGAUGAGCUUCCACGUCGCAUCCUCGUAGACAUGGUCUUUAAUAACGAACACUACGACGCACUGCUGGAGCCGCCGCUUGUGCUCUUAUCUCGUCUAGUCCCAGGAUUGCCGAUGACGAAGGCCGUCGGUCUGGCGCUUUUACAAGCACUAGCGACGGAUUCUUAUUUUGUCGAUUUGCGCUCCAAGGCUCAGGGGGCACAUCAAACUGGCACGCUGAGUACAGGCGGGUCAGUUGCGACCUCAUCUGCUGUGGACGGUACGUCCGAAGGGUCCUCGUCAACAGCACUAAUGAAUCAAUAUUGCAGUUGGGCUGCUUGUUGCAACCAACGUAGUGUAUCUGCUGCAUCGGACGACAGCAUUCUCACGCCAGGAGCUCCUGGAUGCGAUGAGAUAGGCAGACAACGCGACCUCCGAUAUCAACAGGUCUCAAUGGCGGGUACUCAGUCGGACGACGAGGGUGGACACAACAUUAUACAACCUGCUCAAGGAGAUGGAGAAACGGAGGAGCUGGAAGUUGUAGAUUUAAAUGCGGAAGUCAGCGAUUUGCUGAAGAGCCAGGGUCAUUACCGGGAUUCACAAUUUGUUAUCCGAAAUCCUACUAGUCCGCCGCUUGCGACGGCGAAUAACGUGAUGAGGGCAGUCAGUGCGCCGAUCAGACCGCCCAUGCCUGUGGCAGAGACAGCAACUACACCUGCGGUUGCGUAUGAGGCUGCUAGUCGUAUGAAUGGGUGGCCGUGACUCCGAUCAAUUUAUUACUGGUAGUAGAGAAAGUAGGAGAUGGUCUGAUUUAUAGAUACUGUCUCUUGUACUCCUUCUUGUUUAACUUUUCUCAUGUUACUAGCUAAACAUACAUCAACUUGAACUUUAUAAUUUGCGCUUCCACAACAUCAACAUUUCCCUCAUCGUACUCACGUCUAAUCGUACUCCACGUCGUGUCCUAGCACCAGCUCCGAAGCACCGAGCUGGAAUACCAGUUGAACAGCUAAGAAAUGUACCCCAGAGAGUCCGUAGUACGACCGCAACGACAACCACAACGGCAGUUAUAAUUGCAAAUGAGAACUACAACUACGACAACAUCCAGGAACAACAAGGGACUUCAUCUGGUAUGUUGAAUGUGGGCGAGGCCUCGAACACACCAUCACAGCCACAGUGGUAUUCGGAGUUUCUGCGUUGCAGCAAAUUAUUGGCUCGAGAAGAGAGUGCGGAAGACGUCUGGACUGUGAUAGAACGUAGGAUUUUCGAGGAUGCGUUGCAGCUGCGUUCUGAGCUCAAUCGACGGCAUCGAAGCAGUCUCCGCAAACAUUAUUAUGCUGAGAAAACAGGAUGAUCGUAGGAAGUAGACAUUUACUGGUCGCCAAAACCCACUUGUCGAGGGAGAAUUUUGUGAGGCUAAUUCAUCACGGUACUACAGUCUGAAGUGAAAGUGGCACCAUUAUUAAUUUGAUUAGAUUAGUGCUUAUACUCUGAGUCUUGGACUACAGACUACCUCUUCACUUUCAUAUAUCUCGUGAGCGUUCGGCUGCGAGUGGGUGGCGCAGUGCGUUUUCGGCGUUCGAGAGCACCAACGACAAAGUUGACAUGGGCAAGAAGUUGUCGAAUUUGUUGCCUCCCUACUACGCGGAACCGGUGAACAACAACUUCCCAUCCGACAUUUAAGGCUUUCAGCUAAAUUAAGCAACUGUCGCAACACUCACCCAAUUUACUUGGGUAUUGUUCUAAUGAGCCUUACUGUCAGUUUGUUAAUCCAAAUUCUUUCAAUGGGGUAGUAACAUCCUAAGUAGUACUAUUACUAAGGAUGUUGCGGAUUUCCUAGAUCUAAUAUCAGGCUGACGCUACUCCGGGAUUUUUUUAGCUUUGCUUCGCGAAAGCAGACAGAUAUUCUUGAGAAUACAGCAUUUGCAUCGGGCCUUGACCGAGAAGAAAGCGUUGCGGGUGAGCGGACCGGAGCACCAACAUAAUUCGCGACACAUAUAGUGACAUGAAUCUCAACUCAAAUUUUUUGUGCUUUGUCGUCGCUACCCUGGCAGGCUUGAUGCAGACAUAUUACAAUAUACUAGUGAUGGGAGGAGUCAAACGCGGUAGUAGGUGUACUUGAUGAAAUAUAAUUUGUAGAAAUAUCUGUCAUUCUGUUAUCCUCUACUCUACUAGAAACCAAAGUUCUCUGUCAUUUGCUAUCAUGUUUGUCUUUAUCCAUUCGCGUUUUCGACGUUACACAAGGACGAGUCAGCUUUCGUCAUCUUACGUAUACUUCAAGAGCAAAUUAACUAAUCAAUAGUAGUUGUACUAUCUAGCGAUUGAUUUUGCAACUCGUUGUUCUUGUUCCUGCUCGUGUGCAGUAGGGCACCAUACUGCUAAGGUUAUUGCAUAAACAAGUCAGUUUAAGAAGUUUGAUUACACCUUUAUGCUAUGGUGAGGUAGUGCUUUCUCAGCUUUGAUUCGUCUGUUCCGGUCGUACUUAAACUCUAAAACGAAUGACAAAUUUGUAUGCUCGUGGAUGGGUGCAAUUUUUGUUUGGUUUUCCGCAGAAAAUUACUAAACUCAACGAUUCUGCCACACAGUUGAGGCACACAUCGAAUGUUGUUUGUCAGCUACUAC